GAACGCAGUGGUUGACGCACGCACGAGUAAUCCGAAAAUUAUACAAAAAAGUUUAUUUUUUUAACUUUAUGUAAAAGCAACGUCGCAAAGUUACAAAAGGAAAUCGUUAAUUAAGAAUUGUGUACUUUAAAUAUUCGGUUGUGUAAUAUUAAUUCAGUAUUGUUCGCCGUGUAGUGUUUGAAGAAACUUUGAUUUUUGGUGUCAACAAGUUCACAUCCUUUAUUUGAAAGUUUAUGAAACAAGGCCGUGUUGAAACGAUUUUCUUCUCUAGCGAAGAUACGAAGGGAAACUGUUAUGAUAGCACAGUAUAGCUCUAACAAUGGACGUGUCGCGGAGCCAAUCUCACAACUUGAAUAGCUAGAAAAUAUAAUAAAAACAAACCAAUUAGCUAGCAGGUCUGUGAAAAAAAUGUGACAUAACGCCAUCUAGCCGUACUUGUGCGAACUACGUAGACAGUGAAAGUGAAAAAAGAUCAAAAUGAAGUUGAAUUUGUUUAAGCGCUCUAUGAUUUUUGCGACAUUUUUCGGUUCGUGUUUGUGUAUCGCGUUGAUAGUGGCGUCUUUAGGGACUACGCAUUGGAUUGAUGCGCGUGCCCGAAGGACAUCAAAUCCAUUGGAAUCUGAAGGGAGGAUCAGUUUUGGACUUUUUGAAGGUCGGAAAGAGCUGAACCCUGCGUAUGGGUGGAGGAUUCAUGAUUUUAGUGUGAAAGCCGGCACACAUCCAGCUCGGAGAUGGGCGUGGUGCGGUACAGCCGCGUUACUAGCGGCCUCUGUGUUAUCAGCGGGCGGCGCAUGCGUGCUAGCCGCAUUGGGAUCCGCUGCGCGGGCGCGUUGCUCCCCCAAACCUCUACUUAUCAGUAAUUCUUUAGCAGUGCUAUUCAGCCUCGGUGCAAUAGCAGUAUGGCUGACGGAAUACUUUCUAAGACUGCAGCACAACGUCAUGUCGGACGAGGACCUGGCCAACACCUGGUCUUCAGACGAUACCGCUGACCUUGGAUUGUCCUUCUGGUUGGUGGUAGCAGCCAGUAUAACAGCAUUUGUCAACAAUGUCUGUGUAUUGAUAGCAAUGGCCGAUGGACGGGAUAUGGACACCAUAGCGCCCGCGUUAGAAGAGAAGGUUAACGGCGCCAUUAUGUUAUAUUAACCCCUCCAGAUGCAACACACAUGUGUAUAGUUAAAAUAUUUGCUCCCAUUAUUCAUAAACUAUCGUAGCGCCUAUUUCACCACCUUCAGUAUAAGUACCCGAUAAACUUAUGUGAGGUGGUUUAUACUUAUACGUUAUUCGUAUAAUUACGUUCUUAAUUCUUGAACUGGUACAUAGCGGGUAACCGGACAUUGUGAAACAGGUGUAUUAUUUUAACAAACUUAUAUCGACUUAAAUGACCCUCUUACAAUUUGACCUCUUAAUCGCCAGUCAUGAUAGAUAACAGUAAAAAAAAAAACACUUCGUAGGGUCGAUUUUUCAAUCAUCAGUUAAUAGGGUAGAUUUCAAUGUCC